AGCCCAGCCAGGACGCCUAGCGCUCUCUGCACGUCAUCACGUCGAGUAGCGACACAGGGGGAAGCGGACAGAGGCGAGCCGUGAGCCUGGGGCCGAGCAGGCGGAGGUAACCAUGGCGAUGACAGGUCAGACGUCCUACCCUACAAUGAGUAACCACACCAAAGAGCGUGUGACCAUGGCCAAGGUGACCCUGGAGAACUUCUACAGCAACCUCAUCACCCAGCACGAGGAGCGGGAAAUCAGGCAGCAGAAACUGGAAAAGGUGAUGGAUGAACAAGGCUUGCCGGACGAGGAGAAACGCCAAAGGCGAUCAGAGCAUGCCCGGAAGGAGACGGAAUUCCUUCGCCUCAAGAGAACCCGUCUUGGUUUAGAUGACUUUGAGUCCCUAAAGGUCAUAGGUCGUGGAGCAUUCGGAGAGGUGCGUCUUGUUCAGAAAAAGGACACAGGCCAUGUGUAUGCCAUGAAGAUCUUGCGCAAAGCGGACAUGCUGGAAAAGGAGCAGGUGGGGCACAUCCGAGCAGAGAGGGAUAUUCUGGUGGAGGCAGACAGUCUCUGGGUGGUGAAGAUGUUCUACAGCUUCCAGGACAAGAUGAACCUGUACCUCAUUAUGGAGUUUCUGCCAGGGGGUGAUAUGAUGACCUUGCUGAUGAAGAAGGACACGUUGACCGAGGAGGAGACGCAGUUUUACAUUGCAGAGACUGUGCUGGCCAUUGACUCCAUCCACCAGCUGGGCUUCAUCCACAGGGACAUCAAACCUGACAACCUGCUACUGGACAGCAAGGGCCAUGUGAAGCUGUCGGAUUUUGGACUGUGCACAGGUCUAAAGAAAGCACACAGGACAGAGUUCUAUAGGAAUCUGAACCACAGCCUGCCCAGUGACUUCACCUUUCAGAACAUGAACUCCAAGAGGAAGGCGGAGACCUGGAAGAGGAACAGGCGGCAGCUGGCUUUCUCUACAGUGGGCACCCCAGACUAUAUUGCCCCAGAAGUGUUCAUGCAGACUGGAUACAACAAGCUGUGCGACUGGUGGUCUCUCGGGGUCAUUAUGUACGAGAUGCUGAUUGGGUACCCCCCAUUCUGUUCCGAGACCCCGCAGGAGACCUACAAGAAAGUGAUGAACUGGAGAGAGACCCUCACCUUCCCCCCCGAAGUGCCCAUCUCCGAGAAGGCCAAGGAUCUCAUCCUCAGGUUCUGCUGCGAGUGGGAGCACAGAAUUGGUGCAGCAGGGGUGGAGGAGGUUAAAAGUAACCCUUUCUUUGAAGGAGUGGAUUAUGACCACAUCAGGGAAAGACCUGCAGCAAUACCAAUCGAAAUCAAAAGCAUUGACGACACUUCCAACUUUGAUGAGUUCCCCGAGUCAGACAUCCUACAGCCUGCAGCUGCCGUGGUGAGUAACCACUCGGAGGCGGACUACAAGAACAAGGACUGGGUCUUCAUUAACUACACCUACAAGCGGUUCGAGGGGCUGACGGCUCGGGGAGCCAUACCUUCCUACAUGAAGACGGGGAAGAGAUAGGCCCCCGAGGAGUGGGGCCGACCCGGGUUCGAGGCUGGUGCGUCCUCCUCUCUUCUGGGACAUCAGCACUGAAAGAGCUUUGCAAGGAGCCUGGUCUGCCAUUAGCCCCUGUUCUGCCGGAGAAGACUGACUGUGAGGGCUUGCCUUUCCGCCUUCCAGGCCUUUUGCCCUCAUAUCGAAUCGCUGAGGUCGUGGGGAAGAGGAGCUCACGAGCAGGGCACACUCUUCCACAGUCAAGCAUGGAGCGGCCUGGUGGUCCAGGAUAGCUAGAAAAAAGGGCAAAACAAUUGGUAAAAAAAAAAGUGUUUUAGAACAGUAAAUUCUCUUCAUGUCGAACUCUGAAGCAGGCAGAGGUGUGAGCUGGACCCAGAGAGGGCAGGGCUUGGACCCGGAGCUCUGUGGGCUGGGAUACUGGAGCGCUGGAGCCCCCUGCAGAGCUCUUCCGGCACCUCCUCUACUACAGUUUCUUUCUCCUCUUCUUUGCGAGUCCUUUCCACUGCUGUGAAAUCUCUCCUGAGGUCUCCGUUGUGCUUCAGGUCAGCUGGGUGUCCCCUGCAGUGCGCUUUUUUCAAACCCAGGGUUAUUUAUUCUUUCCGCCAGUGUUUUUUACAUAUGCGACUAUGUACAAAAUGUUGUAUGUACUUGGGACCUUUUUUCUGCUUCUGUUAAGUGGCAGAUUAACCCUUUUUCUGGGGUUAUCGUUUUUUAAUCUUUUAAAAAUAUUUUUAAAGUAUCUGGGCUUCAUAGCUCAUUCCAGAAAUGUGCUGGACAUUUUUUAGUUUUCUCUGCUUGUGGUAGUCUGGCUUUUUUUUUGUUAAAUUUUCUACCAUAUCGGUGCUUUGUCUUGCACAGUAUAGUCCAAUUAGUAUUGGGUCUCAAUGCGUGUUUAACGCGUGUACGUUACCAAAGACCAACAACAGCUACAGUUUUCACCUGCAGGGUCUUACACAGUGGAUCUUUGUUGGUUUCAAUGUAAAUUCCAGAACUAGCAUUAUCUUCACCUUAAAACACACACAGCUUAGAGCUAUGAGUCUGAAAAGACUUACCAAGGACUGUAGAAAAGGUAAUUGUGUAAAAUACAGCAUUUCCUUUUUAAUUUUGGGGAAGGGAAAGUCUUUAAGAGGCUCCUAGUAUACAGUAUUUUAAUUUGAAAUUUGGUUUCACUGUCAGAAGUCUGACGCAGGUUGUGCCAGACUGAUGAUGGAGUGAGAAAAGGCAAGAGCAGCAGUAUAAUUCCAUUGGCAGUGUUUGGUAAUUUGAACAGAUAAGUGUUUUAGCUUCUUGAUCCUGGGGAGUAAAUACACCUCCAUUCAAUAUUAGACCAUUUUUUUAUAUUAGAUGAAAAUUCUCUCCAUAUUAUUGUGCAAUGGGUCUUAAACUUGGCAUAUCAUGUCUUGAAAACCUUUGCUUGGGGAAUCGCAAAGGUGGACAGUUUGACAGUUUGACAGUUACCCUAUACAUGUGAGGAUUAUUUCUUGUAAAAUGGGAAGCACUGGGAUCUCAGAGAUGGUUUUUUCCGUGACGUCACGGGCAUGGGCAUUGCAGUGAAUGAGCAUCACGGCCACAGCAAAGUCACACCCGUGGAAAAGAGGCAGGAGAGUCGGGACCGAAGCCGGUCCUUAGCAGGGUUGGAAAUGAGGAUCCGCACACGGUACACCAGGCAGCAAACCAGUCCCAAAAGCCAAACAAACCUUUCCUGAAAAUCAAAGAUCAAGCAGGAUCUAUGCAGUUUAAAAUAAUUUCAGUGGUCUGCCUGCUGAAAUAACCGGCAUGUUAGAUGCAUUCUGCCUUGUAAUUGUUUCUGGAUGCUUUUUCUUUUUUUUGGAAGUAGUAUUUAAAUAGAUGACAUGAUGCACUUAAUGAAAGCAGACUACAUGCUGACUUCACCGAUUUCGCUUGUAUUCCAGGAACCACAGACCUCCGUGGUAGGCCUCAUAUAUAUAGCACUUCUAGACUUUUUAUAAGCUUAUAGGAACGCCUGUGUUUUGAAAGACAACAUUUGUGUUUUAGUGUAUUUUUAAUCACAGGGCUCAGUAUUCAGACUUACUUGAAAUUUUACACCUAUCUGCUUGUGAAGGUGACCUUGCUAUCUGGUCAACAGCAUUACCCUGCAACACUAGUUUUAGAAUCUGCUUGUUCAGACAGUUACGAGAUUUUGUCAGCAGUUAAGGCCAAAGCUGAAGGAGGUUGAUUCAUUUGUUGCUUUUAUCCAAGGUGAUUUACAUUUCUGCCCAUCUAUACAGCCGAGCAACUGGCGUGAAGUACGUUGCUCAAGGAUAGCACCACCAUGUCUCAGCUGGGUUUGAACCCGCAACCUUGCAGGCACAAGUCCAGGCCACUGCUGCCACUUCUGUUAAACACUGCCACUUACAGUCACUGGGACUGAACUGCAAAAGCCUGUGAAUUAUUUCCGUUUCAGUCUCCCUAAGUGGAGUGAUUACAAUAUGGCUCGUACCCUAUUAGAUAAGGCAUAAUGCCUUGUUGACCUUUUAAUCUGUAAAUCAGAUAUCAGAAUCUGUGUAUCAGUUUGCUGGCAAUAGAUUUCUGCAUGUGGGCUACAGAGUGAUGAGAUAACCUGCAUUUGAAAAGUAUAGUUCAGAAGCAUCCCCUACAGGCCUCAGGUAUGCCUCAGUCAGGAAAGGGGCUUGCUUGGAGCGCGGGUUGAGCCAGAAGACUAGAGUUUGAAUUUGGGCCGUGUCGCAGUUUGACGGGGGCCAAGACUGUCGAAGCGCUGUCAGGUCUUGGAGUUGGAAUCGCUUGGACAGGGAUUUCUCAGCUCUUGAGUAAAUGGGGCGGUCCUGCAGCUUUUUUGGUGUUUGUACCUGGAAGCUUGCAGGGCUGCACUGUUCCUUCAGUCAAGUAUAACCUGGCUCGCAGAGGGUCAGAAAAUAAGGUACUUGAUGGCUGGGAAGGUUGGAGUAGUCCCUCCUCAUUCCUGCAGUGCAGUAUGUGAGUCUUUGCUUUGAAACGAAGUGAAGGAUCGGUGGCGAGUCCCAUACUGGGUGAACAACAAGGGGAGAGGCUUUUACUUACGAUUAAGUGACUCCGCUAUUAAGAUGCUCGUUUCCAGGUUGAACUCUGAUCCAGAUGUCAUUUGUUCGAGACUGAGUUUCGUUGCCAGCUGACCGGGACUGGGACUCCUCCUGCUGCCUCGGUGCUCUCUGUGGGAUCUUGGGUGCUUGAAGAAAGGCAGUGAGAUUGACAAGAGGUGCGUCUCUCCUCGUUAGGCAAGAGAUGAAGGGCAUAUCAACAAAUAGAGCACAUCUCAAACAAAAAGGGCAUUCUCAAAAGAAAAGGGCAUGGGGCCCUAAUGCACUAAAGCAAAAAAGUUCUAUUUUGAAAAUCAAAUAAUGGCAUCUCUGUUUCUGCAAGUCUCCGUCGGGAUCCUUUCAAGCAAAGUUGGGUUACCAUACCAAAGUAAAAGAAAAAGGUUUUGUUGUUCUGUUCCCAAGUGGCUAAAGCCUGGGUUUUGAGUAUCCCACAAUAGAGGGUCAGCUGGAAGUCCCGUACUGAGGGGAGGCUGCCCCACCCCUGGAGGUGUGUUCGCUGGAUGUUUGCAAUGGAAAACCAUGGCAAGGUGCUUGCUGGGAUACAAAGCGCCAACCUGAGGGCGUAUGACCUGGACCUUGCGAACACCAGGAGCCGAGGAGACUGGGAAUGCCCACAGCUGAAAUAAGGUCGCUUGAUGCAGGCUUUAAAAAUCUGAACAUUUUCUUUCGUUACCAGUCGUGUUAGUGACUGCAUUACAUUUCACAUAGAACACUUAAAAGUCCUUUAUCUCAGGGGCAAAAACACAUGUUCGUCAUUGAGUAAAAAUGAAAUUCCAUCACAAUGGCUGGUUACCAAGGCUCGCUUUCUUAAAAUUGUUUUUUUUCCCCCGCUUUUAACUACUCCAUAUACAGUAUGUACGUGUGUAUUUUUUUCCAUAAAGGUACAGAUGCCAAAGAACUUUAUGACCAUUGGCACGCUGUGGACACAGGUUUGUGUUUGCCCCACUGAGGCAAAGUGAGCAGUGGGGUGCUGGGCCCUGCUAUCCCUGUUGUGAUAAUACAGUGCAGAAUGUAUGGUUUUAUGCAGUAAUUUAUGUUGUUAUAUGAUGACACAGUAUACUUUGUAUUUUUUCUAAAACAACCCUUUUUAUAUUUUGUCAACUUUUACCAAGAUCAGCUUUUAUCACCCAUCUCUUUUUUUAUCCUCCACAAUUAGAUCAAGAAAUUCUAAAAACAGAACAUUCAGGAAAUUCUUGUGCUUGUCCUCAGUGCUGAGGGAUUGAUGUAUUUCUGUAUAUUCUUCAAGUAAUGUAAAAACGUGACGAGUGAGAUAUUCAACAAUUUUUAUUUUGUCACUCAAAGAAAACGACAGACGGCUGUUGUUCGGUGCAUUCCCUGUUUGAAGGGGGUGGCCCUCUUUCGUGUUGUCUGGUUUUUUUUUUGCAUGUAAUUUUAUUGUUGCUUUGAAAUGUAAAAAAAAGACCUGGGGGGCUUGGUGGUGGUUUGAAAUACCUGGGACCACAGAAGUAUUGCUCGGCUUAUUCUCCUGUCAGUUACAGCAACUGAGCUGUGCUUUUAUCAAACAGCGCUCAGGGAACUCUGAUGUGUAAGCAUUCCAUUUCAUUUACCUAGCUAGCUGAAUGCCUGACAAAAACCGAUCUGGGGCUGGCAGCCCCUAAUGUGAAAUAAGUGAUCUUUGUGUUUGCUACAAUUUUGUAUGUUCUCUUCACUGGUGGGGAUAUCUCCUGCAAUGGGUCUGAUUUUAACUGUGUUGUAAAGACAGAAGACUUCAACAGUCAGAUCAGUAAUAGGACAGUGUCUGCACCUCCACUGCAAAAUGUCACUAACUAUACAACAACUCUGACCUGUUCCUGAUUUUCCAAAAGGAGAACAUGGGUCUCGGAGCAGGAUACAUAAGUGUUUUUUUUUUUUGUUUUGUUUUUUUAUUUUCGCUUCACUUUGGCAAAUGCUCUGUUGAGUGCGUUUCCUGCUCUGGGUUGGGAGCAAUUUGACUAGUUUCCAAAGUUCAGGGGAGGAAUCUUCUCUGCUGAUCAAUGGCUCUUGCAGGGCAGGACCUCAUGAUGUUAAAAAAAGAAACCGUGUGACAUGGUCUUAAAGGUCACGGGCUCUUCGUGAGGGCAGAAGGCCCACGGGGACUGAAGUGUGCAAGGGGAUAUAAAGUCUCACAACCAUCUGUUACUGACUGCAGUAGCCAUGAGCCUACUGCUUCUUCCUUCUCUCCCAGCUCUGCCAUUAAACCCCUGCACACAGUCCUGGGUAUGCAACCUGGGAGGUUUAUAGAUCUAUUCUUCUCAGAGGUGCACAUUCUCCCUGUAUACGGGGAAUCUUCAUUUUCUGCUGUGCUUGAAUAUGAACAGAGCCUCUCUAUGCCAGUGAUACCUCCUGUGUGUGCUUUUAUUUUAAGCUGAAACAGGAUCUCUGCCAUCCCCAGCCUCCUCCAUGUAGUUUUGGCUAGUUAUAUAUAAAUAUUGCUGCCUUACAUAGUACAGGUUUAUACGUGUAAAUGCAGUUUGAUUAAAUAUUUUUUUCCCCUCUCCUGAGGUUUGUUUCUAGCUAUCAUUUUUGUUUUAACCUGCUUGGUUACUGGCAGCAGCAGAAAGCAAAGCUUGUUUUUGUGAAAGGAGCAUUCAGUGCUGCCACAGCCAGCUGUUUAAAAUGAGUCAAUAAACCCUUGUACAUAGUUUCUACUGCAUUUUACUGUUCAUGUGCAAUCCUUGUUAGUGACAGGCUGUAUGCACUGCCAGUACACGUAGUAUAAAGAGUAAACAAAGAUGCAUCUUGA